AUGCACUGUACAAUCUCUACAGCUUCCAGUCGUGUGGGCCGAACAACCCCGGAGGUGUUUCAGGUGUAUGGCGAGGUGGCGAUAGCAGGAGCAGCAGUGUUCCUGGUGAUUCAGCUGGUCAGCAUUAUCAAUUUCAUCUACGUCUGGAAUGACUCUUGGCUCAACAACGAUAAGAUGCACAAAUGGAUGGCGGUGGUGUCAGUCAUGUGCUACCUGCUCUUCCUCACAGGCAUCAUCCUCAUGUAUAUCUACUUUGUGCCCUCCUCCUCCUGCUCACUCAACAUCUUCUUCAUCACCUUCCUCCUCGUCCUCGUCGUCGCGCUCACCGCCAUCGCCGUCCAUCCCAAGGUGGACGCAGGCCCUCUCACCACAGGUGUCAUGGCGGUCUAUUUUGUCUUCCUCUGCUGGUCAGCGAUCAUGAGUGAGCCGCCCGCCGAGGCGUGCAACACUCGGCCUCGCCAGACCGGAUACGGCGGGUGGCUUGAUAUUCUGGCAUUCAUAGUGGCGCUCGUCAGCAUUGCCAUCUCAGUCUAUGCCACUGGCAUCGACUCUCGUUGCUUCUCGCUCCGGCCUAAAGACGAGGAAUCCGCCGGUAACGGAGAGGUGCCCUACGGUUACGGCUUCUUCCAUCUCGUGUUCCUUACCGGUUCAAUGUACAUGGCUAUGAUAUUACUGGGGUGGAAUAUGAAUCAAACCCCGGUUGAGUGGAGCAUCGAUGCUGGUUGGAUUAGCACUUGGGUCAAGAUGGCUUUGCUGUGGUUAUCUGCUCUGGUUUAUCUGUGGACGCUCAUUGCUCCCUUUGUGUUAAGAGGUAGAGACUUUAGAUGA